AUGAUUGACCAGUUUCUCAUUUUUGACCCCACCGGAACUGUACGUUUCAAUUACCAACCGGAAAAGAAUUAUGCACGUGUAGCAAAUGCCUUUAUCAACGAUGUGCUUAUCAAUAAACGUAAGAUGAGGUACGCAAAGCAGAAAGAAGAGGAGGAAAUACAGCGGUAUGCUGAUUCUGACAUAGACCUGGGGAGCUUUUCCUUUGACGGACACAAUUUGAAGUACUUAAUAUGGACGGACGAUGCAUCCAAGAGCAAGCUCUACUUUACAAUGAUAUAUCCUUCUUUGGUGACAAUAGAGAAACCUUAUGAAUUUCUAAAAAACAUGAAGAUUCUUUACGAAAACUCUUCUACAGACAUACAGAAAUUCGAGAAGUUCUUUACUUUGAGUCUUAAUGAAAUUGGUCAAGUUUUGCCUCCUGUGGAUGAUGAAGAACCUGUGGCUAAAGAAACGCAAAUGGCUUCAAGUGCUGGAAACAAGAAGGAAGUCAAGGAAGUCAAACAAUCUGGAGGUAAAAAAAAAUCAAGAAAAUGGAAUGCAGAUGGCUCAUUUUAUGAGGAUGACAACAAGGGAUCGUCGACCCUUGAUUUUUCUUCUGCAGGAGCAAAAUCAUCCGGAAGUAAUCAGACUAGUUCAAACAUCAAGCAACUUGUUGGAGAUCGAGCAACUUUUGGUACCAAGACCUCUGAUGGGUUUUUGGUCAAUGAUCUUUCCGAUGAAAUGAAAAAAAUCAUCAUAACUUCUAAGAAGAAAAAUGUCGAGAAGGAAAAAAAGUCAGCCACUUCAAGUGCUUUCGGAUUUUUGAAGAAUUAUAUUGGUGGUAAAAAGAUCACAAAAGAAGAUGUCGGAAAAAUCAAGUCCGCUAUGACACAGCAUUUAAUCAAAAAGAAUGUCUCUCCCAAUGUGGCGAAUUCGUUGAUGGCAGAAGUAGAAAAAGACUUGAUCGGUCAAACUACUGAAUCGUUCACUUCAAUUGAGGAGACUGCGAAAAUGUCCCUUGCCAAACAACUCAGAAAACUUUUAACCCCAGAUUCUUCUAUUGACCUUUUACACGAAAUACAGGAAAAAAAAAGCGGUGGCAAGGGUCCAUAUUCGAUAUCUGUUGUUGGUGUGAACGGUGUUGGUAAGUCCACUAACUUAUCCAAGUUGGCAUUCUGGUUAUUGCAAAAUGACUAUCGUGUUUUAGUUGCUGCCUGUGAUACUUUCCGUUCUGGGGCUGUAGAGCAGUUACGUACUCAUGUGAACAACUUGGUACAUUUGUCACCAAACAAAAAACAAAUUGAGCUUUUCGAAUCUGGGUAUGGUGGUGCAGAUCUCGUUGCUAAGAUUGCAACCGGUGCAAUUAAAUACGCUGCGGAGAACGGAUUCGAUGUUGUUUUGAUGGACACCGCAGGUAGAAGACACAAUGAUUCUCAUUUAAUGGCUCCAUUAGCUUCAUUUGCUAGAGCUGCAAAACCUGAUAAAAUUAUCAUGGUUGGUGAGGCUUUAGUCGGUAGUGAUUCUGUUCUACAGGCUCAAAAUUUCAACAAAGCAUUUGGUGCAAACCGGCAUUUAGACUUCUUCAUCAUCUCGAAGUGCGAUACUGUUGGUGAUCUGAUUGGUUCAAUGGUGAAUAUGGUUUUUGCUACAGGAAUCCCUAUAUUGUUUGUCGGUACUGGACAAACAUAUACAGACUUGAGAACUUUGAGUGUCAACUGGGCCGUAGAUAUGCUCAUGGCAUAA